CAGUCCCCGGAUGAGGGCAAGAUGGCGGCGGUGGGGAUGGCGGCGCUGAAGCGGCUGUGCUGCGUCGCCGUUUUCCUCUCGCAGCUCUACGUCCUCUCCGGCCGGGGGUCGCUGAGCUUGGAGCAUUCUCAUUCACAGGCUUCGCUCACAAAAAUUGCGGGGCUCCCUUCGAGCACUCACAUCCCAGCAUCCAAAGUGCCAGAGGGUACCUCAAUUCCAGCUUAUGUGACCCGAUGCCCAAGUAAUGGGAUUUGUAGCCGGCUGCCUCCAGAAUGUAUGACCUGCAGAACAAACUAUUCUUGUGUCUAUGGCAAAUCAGUUGCGUUUGAAUGUGAAGCCAAACCCCAGGUCCAUUGUGUUGAUCAAAGUAACAACCCUCAGAAGACGUUCUUGAUUAACAUGACUUGCCAAUUUUGCUGGCAGCUGCCACCCUCAAACUACCUUUGCUCCAAUCCUACCAACUGCAAGACAGUCUCGUGCCCACGAGAACGCUACACAGCCAAUUGCACUGUGAGAGACCACAUCCAUUGCCUUGGAAAUCGUACUUUUCCCAAGAUGCUCUAUUGCAACUGGACUGGAGGCUACAAAUGGUCAACAGCCUUGGCUUUAAGCAUUACGCUCGGUGGCUUUGGUGCAGACCGGUUCUACCUGGGACAGUGGCGGGAGGGGCUGGGCAAACUCUUCAGUUUUGGUGGUCUGGGAAUCUGGACGCUGAUAGAUGUGCUCCUGAUUGGAGUUGGGUACGUGGGUCCCACAGACGGUUCACUCUACAUCUAAGCAUCGAGACAAAACAAUCAGGUGGAUCACCCCGAGAAAUUCACAGAUCGGACUUGAAUGAUCUCUCUGGAAUUGCUUGCACGUCCGUUUUAAUGUACAGUAUCUGUACUCGGCCUGCCUUUAUUUUAAGGUAAAAUAAAUGACUUGUGGAAUGCU